AUGUCUCAAGAGAAUAGCUGUUGCAGAGUUUGCAGCAGGGGCUUGUAUAGCUGCCACUGGAGGGAACCGAGUGAAAACAAGAGAAAACACGCAUGCUGCUGGUUCUCGGUCGUCACGUUGGCCUCCCUGCUCUCUCUCUGCUGGAUGUACAUUUGUCUGGUUGCUUUUAAUGACCGAGACGAUGUUAACUGGCAGGGCUUCGACAAACUGAAGCGGUGGGUGAACUGGUUCAUGGUGCUGAUCAUCGUAUCUGCAGUGAUAACCAGCUACUGCGUCCUGCUGCUGCUCUUUGCAUUGUUCCAAGUCGCCAUAAGAGAACAACUCGACUUACACUGGCUGCACAAGAUCUUCAUAUUCUUUGGUGUGAUAUUCAUCGUUUUCGGGGUCGUAGGAAUUAGCCUUGAGUGGAAACAAGAAUGGCCAACUGUUCCUCUCUCACUCCAGGCCGCAGGUCCUUUCUUGCAGUUUGGUGCUGUCGGAGCGUUGACGCUGCUGAGUCCUCUUGUCUUCCGGUGCUUCUACGAUGCCGAAACCGCGGGAUCUAGAGCCGUCAUCGCAUCGGCCUUUGCUGUGGUGUCAGCUGCCAUCUUCCUGUGUCCCCUGCUCAUCCAGUCUCCCUGUCUGCGGAGUGGACUGCCUGACAAACCUGAGCUCAUCGGCCACCGAGGCGCCCCGAUGCUUCAGGGCAGUUCGGGAGUUUAAGCACAUGAGCGUUUCUCACCCAUCUGUCCUCCCUGUGCUCAGCUGGCUCCGGAGAACACCAUGAUGUCCUUCAACAGCAGCAUCGCAUGCGGCGUGACGGCCUUUGAGACCGACGUGCAGAUCAGUAAAGACAAUAUUCCCUUCUUGAUGCACGACAACCUCUCCCAGUUUCUGGUGAGGACGACGAACGUGAAGGAGAAGUUACCGGACAAACUCUCCAGCUCCAGUUACAACAUAACGUGGGAGGAGCUGCAGACCCUGAACGCAGGCGAAUGGUUCCUGAAGACAGAUCCUUUCCUUUCGGUGUCCCAGCUCAAAGAGGACGAGAGGAAAUCUGCUGGGAAUCAGACUGUACCCUCUUUACGUGAGCUGCUCGAUCUCGCCCAGCAGCACAACAUCUCAGUGAUGUUUGACCUUUACAGUCCCAACCAGGAAAAUGACACCAACCACACAGUCAGCACCAUCCUGGAUUCUGGCAUCGACCCACGCCUGAUCCUCUGGCUUCCUCCUGCUAAAAGAGAGGAUGUGAUCUCGAAAGCUCCAGGUUUCAUCCAGGUCUAUAACAAUGAAACUGACAUGGAAGAAAAAGGAGGAAACCACCUGAAUAUGAAAUACAGCAAUUUGAGUACAAAAAGAAUCAGUGAACUGCGGGCGGAGAACGUCACCGUGAACCUGUGGGUGGUGAAUGAGCGAUGGCUCUUCUCUCUGCUGUGGUGUGCAGGGGCAAGCUCCGUCACCACCAACUCCUGCCACCUCCUAAAAGAAAUGGACGGACCUGACUGGGUCAUGGAAUAUCGCACAUACACAAUCGCCUGGAUCGUAGUGGAUGUUUUAUCCUUUCUGAUAAUGACGGGACUCUUCAUCUGUCGGAGGAAAACACACGUGUUGUGUCCAAGGAGAGGAACCGAGACGCAAAGAAACAAUACGCCUGCCUGGAGCGAUAGAGAACUUUCUCCCUUCUUACCCACCAAGUAG